UUUGAUUUUGGCGCUAUCUUCACUAUAUAAACUACUACGACAUUCUCAUCUCCGACGGAAUCGCUCGCCGGAAAUGGAGAAGACGACGGUGGACGGAGGAGGAGAGAUGAAACAGAGUCAUGUAAUCGUAUUCCCUUUCCCAAGGCACGGCCACAUGAAUCCGAUGCUCCAAUUCGCGAAGCGAUUAGUCUCCAAAGGCCUUCUCCUAACAUUCCUCACCACUUCCUCAGCAAGUGAAUCCCUAAUUCUCGAUCUCCCUCCCUCUCCGAUCCGUCACAAAGUCAUCUCCGAUGAUCCUGAAUCCAACAACAUCGACAGUCUCGACGCUUAUCUCCGAAGCUUCCGAGCCGCCGCCUCCAAAUCCUUGGCCAAUUUCAUCGACGAAGCCCUAAUUUCUGAUUCCAAUGAAGUUCUUCCGAGUCUUAUCGUUUACGACUCUGUUAUGCCCUGGGUGCAGAGCGUCGCCGCAGAGCGUGGUUUGGAUGCGGCUCCGUUUUUCACACAAUCCGCCGCCGUUAAUCAUAUCCUAGAUCUCGUCUAUAAAGGAUCUCUGAGCAUUCCGCCACCGGAGGAUGUAGCGGUUUCGCUUCCAUCGGAGAUUGUUCUUCAACCAGCAGAUCUGCCUACCUUGCCUGACGAUGGAGAUGUGGUUUUGGAGUUCAUGACCAGUCAGUUCAUCAAUUUGGAGAAUGUAAAGUGGAUUUUCUUCAACACGUUUGAUCGGCUCGAAUGCAAGGUUGUUAAUUGGAUGACCAAGACAUUGCCCAUUAAGACAGUGGGGCCGACCAUUCCAUCGGCAUAUUUGGAUGGUCGAUUGGUGGACGACAAAGCCUAUGGGUUGAAUGUCUUGAAUCCCAAUGAUGGGAAGAAGGCUAUAGAGUGGUUAGACUCGAAAGAAACUGCUUCAGUUAUUUAUAUUUCAUUUGGAAGUUUGGUUAACUUAGAAAAAGAACAAGUAACGGAGCUGACAUGUUUUCUUAGAAACACGAAUCUUUCCUUCUUAUGGGUCCUAAGAGAAUCCGAACUGGGAAAGCUUCCUAACAACUUUGUUCAAGAUACAUCAGAACAAGGCCUAAUCGUGAACUGGUGUUGUCAACUAGAAGUUCUAUCACAUAAGGCAGUAAGUUGUUUCGUGACUCAUUGUGGUUGGAAUUCAACCAUAGAAGCAUUGAGCUUGGGGGUGCCAAUGAUUGCAAUCCCCCAAUGGGUCGAUCAAACGACGAACGCCAAGUUCGUCGCAGAUGUUUGGGAAGUCGGAGUUCGAGUGAAGAAGAACGACAAAGGCAUUGUGACAAAGGAAGAACUAGAGGCCUCGAUCCGAAAGAUUGUUCAAGGAGAGAAACCAAAUGAGAUUAAACAGAACUCAAUCAAGUGGAAGAAAGUAGCUAAAGAAGCCAUGGACGAAGGAGGCAGCUCUGAUAAGAACAUUGAUGAAUUUGUCCAAGCAAUGGCUGCGUCAAUCAUCUAGGUAACAACAUAAUCUUUAUCUUACAUUCAUUUGUCUUUCAAUUCCACGUAGAAAUAAACUAUCUUCCAUGAUAAUACUAAUUUGGAACAUGUCUUUCAAAAAUGCUUAAAUA